AUGAAGACUUCAAACGCUUUGAUCCAACAACUGCUCAGGGCAGAGGAGGAAGCCGAGCAGAUUGUACACAAGGCAAGAGAAAAUCGUGUCAAGAUGCUGAAGGAUGCUCGCGCAUCCGCAGAGGAGGAGCUCAAAGCAUUUCGCCUGAAGGAGGAGGAAAGGUUCAAAGUCGAAGUUGAACAGCGUCUUGGCCAGGAUGAUUCCCUGACGAAUGAGCUAGCAGAUAGGACAAAGGCAGACAUUGAAAUAAUCAAGAAGGAUUACAUGGCGAACAAGGAUGGAGUCCUUGCAUUCAUCAAUGGAAAAGUUCUGGACGUGGAUACUAUUAUCGGUCCGAAGAAAGUCGCCAUCUUGCGUAACUACGCAGAGCGCGGAGUGGACCCAUGA